UGAGCGUGAGCGCGAAUAGGCAUUCGUCUGAUGAAGUAACAUCGUCACGACGUCUCUCUGCGUAAACAUAAAACGCGAAAGAUAAUUUCGUAAAUUCAACCCGUAAUUUUAAAAUAUACAAAUAAAGAGUAUUACUAGUGUUUUUGUGACUUAAUGUGCUUAAAAUACUCUCAUGUUGUGUAAUGUGUUGGUAAUAUGACAAGUGUUUUGAAAAAAUCAAGAGGUACUAAAGGUAAAUCCGAAUCCAUGCAAGAAGAUUUGCCGGCGAGAUGGUGUGUGUCCCGAGGACACAAAACCGAAGAUUCAGCGAAGUUGAUCAAGUAUGUUGAUGACAAUAUCAUUGGCAAAGGAACCUCAUUCUGCGGUCCAUUCGGUAGGAGAAAAGUUGUAUAUUGCGACUAUAGCGGCUCUGGGCGUGCUUUGCAAUGGAUAGAAGAGUACAUAGCACGCGAUGUGCUUCCAACACACGCGACGUGGUGCACGGCUCUAUCCGUUACCUCUGGACAAAGCGAGAUUUACCGGUCAGAAUCCAAAGAGAUAAUUCGCCAAGCCGUCGGAGCUGGUCCCGAAGACGUGGUGGUCCUUGGAGCUACGUUAUGUCGGUUUUUGCGCGCUUUACGCCCACAAAAAGUAGCUCUUUUCGUGUCCUCGAGAGAAACAGAAAGACAACUGGCGCCCUGGAAGGAAUGUGAUGCUGAGAUAAUCAAAAUACCAGAAACAAAAGAAGGCUUCAUUGAUUUGAACAACCUGGAACUAAGAUUGCAAGAGAAUACUGGAACUGGUAAAAGAAUGAUAGGAUUCUUCCCAGCCGCUUCAAAGUUGACGGGAGUGUUGGCGGACGACGUCGCGACGACUCUCCUAUUACACCAAUAUGGCGCCUGGUCGUUCUGGGAUUACACGUUAGUGGCACCCACUUCAGCUGUGGACAUGAAUCCAACAUUCCUGAGCGUUGAAGAGGGAAUGGUUAAAAAGGAUGCUCUGUUUUUUAACUGCGAAAAAUUCGUCGGUGGAAUUCAGGGGCCGUAUAUCGCGAUUGUGAAGAAGGACGUCUUUAAGAACUCGCCGUUAUAUUCAGAAGACGUCGAGGUACUGGCAGAAAGAAUAGAAGAAUUCAGAUGCGCGGAAGCUGUGAGAGCAGCGAUAGUUAUUCAGUUACGAGACGCAAUCGGUCUUCAGAACAUAGCAGAGAAACAAGACCACAUAACGAGGCAAGUUUUAUCUCAUAUCAAGAACAUCCCUGAAUUGAUUUUACUUGGAAGUGAAUCUCGUACCAUGAGGCGAUUGCCAAUUUUUUCUCUUAUGGUGAAGCAUCCCCGGGGCACCUUUCUUCAUCAUAACUUCGUGUGUGCUGUUCUCAACGAUGUAUUCGGUAUCCAGGCAAGAGGUGGACUGAACGGAAAUCUAAACUAUGGUGCUGACGUUCUGGGUAUCGACGACCAACUCCUGAAAGAGUACGAGAAAGUAUUGGACGUUGAAGUACAAAGAGAAAUAGCAAGGGUCCGAAAGCUUAGCGUCGUUAAAUCACCAGAGGUGCCAAUACAUAACGAACCACUUAGGCCAGGAUUCUGCCGAGUGUCUCUCCCUUUCUUUAUGUCUGAAAACGAGCUAGCAUUCAUUCUAGAAGCAUUGAAAAUGGUAGCCACGGAAGGUUGGAAGAUAUUGCCCCAGUAUGUUGUAAAUUCAGAAACAGGCCAGUGGAGACACCACACGUGUUCAGUACUGAGGGAUAAGAAAUCUUUAUAUUCGUUGAGGUUUAAUGAUGGACAGAUAACUGCCCACGAGAGGAGGAUAUCAGGCCCAGGAAUUUUCCCUCAAACGUAUACAGAAUGUUUGCAAACAGCGAGAAACCUUUUCAAUAGAGCAAGAAAGUUGGCUAUGAAAUGUUCUAGCGUAGAACCUGAAGUCAGUUUUAAUCCAAAGAUUGAUUACUUGAGAUGGUUUAUGUUACCAAAAGAGGCUCACGAUCUUCUGCUUGGUAAAUCUGGCAAUGUCAAACAUAUUGUACCGUUCGACCCGUCUGGAUACACAGGAGCAAGAAAGAGUCUAAAUGCAUCCAGAUCUUCUAAUACCUCAUCGCCAAUACUUGGUACUUCACCAAGGCACUUCAGUUUGUCAGCGAUUGAUGACUGUCACUUAUUUAGACUGAAACAAAAACAAAAGUUCUUUUCAAGAGAAUCAAGUUUGAAGGAAACUUCUAAAGAAGAAGCUAUCACAGUAAAUUCUCAUCCAGUUCAAUUCGCACUAGGAGAAUCCGUUUCACCAUUGCGUUUGGUACCUCAAACUUCAAAACCAGUACUCGUGAGAUCACGAUGCUAUUCUUUGGGGUCCGAUUUACCUCAAGUACCUCUAAGUGCAGUGACGAGAAUGAACCUCGGAUUAAAGGAAACAAGUCCAAAUAAUAAUGUUAAAGUAAGCAGUUUUUGUAACUGUGGAAGUCGGACAGAUUUACCUUCGAUGGACGAUGGUAUUAUCUCUCCAAAUAAAAAAUAUCCCUAUAGUGCUCAGAGCAGCACAUCGAUAUCUGAUUGUAGUCAAGUAGGUCGAACAUCACCAACUGCUUCUGUCACAUCCCACACUUCGGAGGACCUACAAGCCUAUGUCAAAGAAAUGACAAAAGAAAUAGCGACAGAGAUUAAGUCCGAAAUACGUGGAGUCAUCUCUAAAGUUGAUGAUAUAUUAGAAAAUUCUGACUUGAUCGAACAGUCCAAUUUAAGCAUGACCUCAGUUUCUAGUCAGAGUGAUAAGAAUUCUGUGUCCGUUAUAGAUGUCGCCGAAUAUUUGAUGGGCGUAUCAAGAGAAAUGGCGUCCGAAGUUAAACACGAGAUUCGCGAAAUGGUAAACAGAGUCGAUGAAAUGAUUUCUCCCGAAUUAAAUAACUCGGGUUCUAGAAAAAGCUCUCCUCCUCAAGCGAUACGAAAAAGAAUAGGAUCGGGCCCUGAACUAGGAUUAGAUUUAAAAAGACUAAACUCGUCGCAAUCUUUAAGAAAAUGUCCAACAAGUCCUGUAUUUCCAUCGCCAUCUCAUUAUGAUGAAGAUGAAAGUAGACUUUGCAAGCGAUCGCCAACUACUCAAUCUCCAAAAUCGGCACAAUGUACACCCUCUCACGAGGCAUCCGGACCAAAUAGUAUAUCUUUUAAUUCAAGUGAAACCUCUACUCCUGAUACUAUAAUUCAAGUUGUGACUACAUCUCAGAAUUCUCCAGUUCUACCGAAAUCUUCGAGCUCAAACAAAUUAUCGGACGAUGAAGUUAGUUGCACGGAUGCGAUUUGCAGACAAUGUUGUAUUAAAAAAGCAUGGUGCCAAAAUGCCUCCGUCAGCUCUCAAGAUAGCGGAAUUAAUAUGACAUUCGCUGAAACUGAUUCUCUAAUAGAUUUAGUAAAAUGGCGAACUUCUUCAGAUCCGACGACGAACAAAGUGCGAAAGUUACAAGGCAGACUUCGCAUGUGCCAGAAACAUGAAAAAAGCGAGGUGCCAGACAUCAUAGAAGGAGUGCCAGUGUGCUCGGGGGACCACACGAGACAGGAGAAGACAUUUGACAAUGACCUGGGAAAAGUUGCCUUUCAAAUAUCAGAUGACGUUGAACGACAAAAUCGGAAUAUCACCUCCGCAUCAGAUUCUAAAAGAUCCAGCAGAUCAUCAAAUGCCUCGUCCAGCUGCUCUGACCGAAGUUCUCGGUCUAGCGGCUACGGUACCGAUGGUCAGAGAACAUCCCAUGAUGAGCAAUAUUAUGAUAGGAGCGAAUCAGACUUUCGUUUCAAGUCUGAAUGUUGCUGGGAGGAAACUGAACACGAUGACAGUAGUGCUUGCAGCGACGGCUCCCUCACAGACUUUACCUUCGAUGAUGAGGGGAAGUGGCAUUGCCCUCCCAAGGCUGUUUGGAAGGCUACUGUUGAGGCUAUUCACGAGUACAACAUGAUACGGCCAGGUGACAAAGUGUUAGUCUGUCUCUCGGGUAGUCGCGACUCAAUAGCUCUUCUCCAUACAAUGCAUCAGUACCAGUUCUACGCCAGGUCUAAGGGAAUACAUUUCAGCAUCGGUGCAUUAUUCGUCCAGGAACCACAGUCCGAUGUUGAUCCUCUACACGUGAUGGCUUAUUGCCGAACUCUCGGUGUCAAAUUCAUUUAUCAAGAUAAACUUAAAGACGAAGAGAUGCAACAGCGCGCGGGCGCGGGCGCGGGCGAGCUGCACCGCUGGGCGUCGCACGCGGUGCGGCGGCGCGCGUACGGCGCGGCGGCGGCGCACGGCUACGGCGUGGCGGCCGUGGCGCAGAGCCUGGACCGCGCCGCCGCCGCCUUCCUCGCCGCCGCGCUGGCCGCCGGCGCGCUGCGCACCACCAAGGCGCACUACCGCGUCCCGGAGCACAAUAUCCGCAUAAUAAGACCGUUUAUCUACGUGCGUGCCCGUUCGCUGGAAGUGUUCGGUUGGUCCCGGGCACUGCCCCACUUCGGGCGCCACCUCGACUCGCCCGACACGCCGCCCUCUGAUUGCACGCAUGCGGAUACCGGCAAAAUCAUCCUGGAUCGUUCAGUCUCAGUUCCCUGUGAAAGCUCGACCAAAAGUGUCGAAACUCUUAAUGAUCAACUAGUGGAAACCGUAACGGAAUCUUUAUCUGAGACGCUGGUAGAGCCGCUGGUGGAGCCGCUGGUGGAGCCGCUGGUGGAGCCGCUGGUGUCCGCACAGAACUUGCUCAUCAGCCAGGAACGUCUGUAUCCAUUUCUAUAUACCAGUCUGAAAAGCUCCUUACGGCCACUUAUCGGUGCCAGGAACAUUGAAAAAGAUAUUAAAGAAAGUAGACACAGAAAGAAAUCAGUUAUUCAAAUGAAAAAUGGCGCCCCCGUAUACGAUUCUGAGGAGGGCACCGACGAAGAACCAGUGCCAUAAACAACGGUCAAUUUUCCUGCCAGGAAUGCACAUUCUCCGCCAUAUUAAUAAAACCUCAAGCAAAUGAUAAAUUAUGGAUUUUCUGUCUCGUUCGCAAUUGUUCGUCCUCGUAUACGACUGACAGUGAUAAAACAUGGCUUGUUUAAAUGUUUCAUUAAAUGACGAUUCAACGCCGAGUUGUGAUUACUCAGUGAUCGAUUUUUUUUUUUAAUAUUUAUCUAUAGUUUUGUUGCAAAGCGACAUUUUAACAGAAGUUAUUUUUAAGUAAACGAUAAAUUUGGUUUAUAAUGAAUUAAACAUUUAUUUGUAUUAUCGUUUUUAAUGAACUUUGAUUGUUUAAUAUCAUUGUUCGAAUUUUUAAAGCUUGAAUAAAGUGAGAAGAUUAUUUUAAGUUGUUUUUUUUUUCGAGGUUUGCCAUACUGAUAAUUUUUUCUACAAUUUAGUAGUUUCUCGUAAUUAAUGUGGACUUGUAAACGGAGUGCAUUUGUUACUGUCUGGUAUUUUUCGUGUUUAAAGUUAAUCGAUAUAUUGUCAUGUUGUAUGUGUGUUAAAAUUCUACGUAAAUAUAAGAAAUUGGCUUAUUUAUUGUGUCCAGUAGAGAGAAAAAUAAAUAUGUGCGUUUAUAAUAUGCAGAUUUUAUUAAAGACGAAAGUCUUAAAUAUUAUAACGUUGAAACAAAUAAUGUUAUAUUUUGAUAACUACUGAAUUUUAUUUUAUUAAAAAUAUAUUCAAUCUUGUAGAAUUUAGUCACGUAUAUAAACACCAAGAUUAUUUAUAGAAAUUAAUGUAGAACUAUAUGUUAUAGUAAUUAGUAACUAAGUGUAAUACUUUUACAAAUUUCAUAAAGUAAUCGUUAGAUUUAUUUCUUUUUAAAAUGUUUUAAUUAUGUUAUGAACGUAAAACGGAAAAUUGGUUUGCUAUGGCAACAUUUAUCUUUAUAAUCUGUAACGAAAAGGUUAUGUCUGUUAACGUUUGACUGUUUGUAAUUCAUUUUAAAAAUAGUUAAAUGUAUAUUUUAUAAACAAAAGCUGUGAAAUUUCUCAUAUAUCGUUUUAGUAUAUAUUAUGUUUAUAUCUCUGUAUUAUGUGACAAAUAUUUUUGUAUUAUUGCUUAAGAUUUAUGAAUUCCUAUAUAUCGAUCGUAAGACGAUGUCCCAUACAUUGCUUCCAUGGUAAUUGUAAAUUGUAAUCGUAUUUACAAAUUGUCGUAUGAAUAAAGAUGUUUUUU